AUGGCACAGUUGGGAUUUGAUGAAAUCCAGCAGCUGGUGACCGAAGUCCAGCGGUUAACGACUCAACUACCACAGUCCAUUCAGUCCAUUCAUCCGCAAACCAGCCAUGAUCUUUACAACUUCCUCUACUACGCUCCCUUUAUCUUCGACCUUAAACUGCCUUUGACACUGGAUAUGCGCAAGAUGAUCAUUGCCGUACUGUGGUACAACUUGAGUAUGGGUCGUCGCUCUGUAUUUGAUCAACUAGUGGGUAAUUCUCUGAAAAUUAUCAUUCCCAUGGAUGACGAAACCACUGCUUUUAGCAGCGAUGCACAGAGGCAGCAGAGCGUUCUUGUGGAUGAUAGUGACUAUCUGCCGCUAGAAUAUCGUGAGGGUCAACAGGGAAAAGCUUGUGGUCAUGUCUUUGAUCGUGGUGAAGGCAUUUACCGAUGCAGGCAAGUGACUUGUGCUUUAGACGAUACUUGUGUAUUCUGCUUUCGUUGUUUUGAUGCUGCUGCUCACGAAGGUCACGAUACUACCAUGUCCAUUGCUCUGGGAUCUGGAGGCUGUUGCGAUUGUGGCGAUCCCGAAGCUUGGAAGCUAGCAGUGUAUUGUAAAUAUCACAGUCCUCAAUCCAGCGAUGCACAUGUUGCUUCUAUGGAUACUCAAUCUAUUCUGGAUGGAAAGCCCGACAUUGAAAAAAUUCCCCUGGCCGUGACAGAUGCCAUUAGACAAACCAUUACAACUGUUUUAGAGUUUGCCAUAUCUAGUCUAGCAAGAUCAUGCGAAAACCCACAGUUUGUUAAUGACCCAGCAAUAAUCAAGGCAAAACAUGCACCAGAUGUAGUCAUGGGUGAGGACAAACUAAUGAAUUUUUCAUGUGUAUUGUGGAACGACGAGUCGCAUUCGUUUCAAGAAGUCAUUGAUCAGGUUGCAGAAGCUACCAAUUGCACUGAGGCAUAUGCACGGAGUGUAGCCGUUGCUGUGGAUAAAAGGGGUCGAUACCCUGUCAGAACUUCAGAUUCCAUUCCAUUGCUUAUAGGUGUUGCGUCUAUUAUAUCGCGAAUCAGUUUGACAGUCUCAAUCCGACCCACUCGUGAUGUAUUUAGAGAAGAGAUUGCUGGAGUUUUGGUUAAUUGGCUCAAAACACUUUCAAGAUUUAUUCAAGGUUCUCAAGUCAUCGAUGGUGUUCAUUAUGAAUCAAUAGCAGAGUUGGUCCGUUCAAUUAUUUGUGAAGAGCUGUGCAAUCCUCUUUUGACGGACCUUGGAACGUAUAAUUCAACAUCCCCUUUUAUUGACGAGCUACAGUCACCAACUCCUGUCAUGUUACGGCCACACCGUCCAAGAGUUCACUAUUUUCUAGUUCUCGACUCGUAUUUUUGGAAAGAAAUGAGAAAUUCUCUUAGAGAACUUUAUAUUGGAACAUUGAUUGUCAAUGGAGAUAUUUUUAAAAAAAGCAUGGCCGUUCAUUUUGUGAAUUCGUAUCUGGAAGUGUCGCGCUGCUAUCUUUUCCACGAUCGAGAAAUUGAUCUGUCCAUUAUGAAUUUUACUGUUCAGAUUUUUACUGUACCAACAAUUGCCAAUUAUCUUAUGCAUCAUACGCUGAUUCUUCCCUACAUGCUUUCUUUGCUCAAGGCUCAUUUUUUAUCUGAUGUGCUUCCAGACGAAUAUUCUCUCAAAACCAAGUACUAUGAGACUAUUCAGAAAGCAACAGUCGAAUUCAAGCCAAUUUAUCCAGUUCUAAGAUUUGACGGCGAGGCAGUCAGAAACAAGAGGCAUGCGCAUUUACUGUUUGAUGUCCGAUACCUAUUGUCUUCACGCAAUGUUUGCAACAGUGCUUCUGCCAAUAAUACCCUAGCGACUGCAACAACAAAUGGUCGUGUUUCAAUACUAUUGCGUUUUCUUGAUUUGUGUAUGGUAUGGCAAGGCAUGAAUCCUCAGAUGCGGUCGCUUCACAAUCAUAUCGAGUACGAGACCGAUGACUGGCUGCAUGCAUUUAACCACAGUAUUAAUAUUCUUCCGCUCAUGCGAGGAUUUGCAAAUUGUUUUUUUAGCAGUGUAUCAGAAAACUCUGCUGCAAAUCUUUUAAACGCUAUGAGUGAAACUCGCGAUGCUCUUUUAAAAUGGACAUUGCAUCGUCAUGUGGAAUCCACUAAAAACUGGCAGACAAUGCAAAUCUCCAUUGCAGGAGCCAUGAGAAGACGUGAAACUGUUCGUGAUGGAUUUCAUAUCGUCACAUUAGUUCCUGGUCGACCCUGUCGUAUUCCAGACUACCAUGUUGCCUUUCAACCUAUUUCUUUUCAUAAAUGUCUGCACUGGCUUUUGGCAAAUCUUUUACGUAACACUGCAGCUUUGCUUCGACAUACAGAUAGCGUAGAUAAGCGAGCCUCUAUUGUAAAGCAUAUCUUUGAUAUUGUUGCUGAUUCUCCAACAAUCGCUAUUGAGCCUGCAUCAAUCGAUAGCACCCAUAUUCUUGACAUGGAUGAGAUGCUGCGUUGCUUAUCAGUGGAAGAUCGCAUGUCGUUGAUAUUUGAUUUUCCAUUGCGAUCAAUUGUUCUUGUAUCGCAAAUCAAGGCAGGUGUUUGGGUACGCAAUGGCUACAAUGUUAGAGAACAAGCCAAACACUACGCAGAUGCGGUUUUGCGCGAAGCUCACGAUCACGACAUGUUGUUGCUUCAGUAUGCCACAGUAUGCCUUGGUCCAGACAAACUGCUUACAAUGCUUGUAGAUCGCUAUGGACUUGUAUCAUGGUUCCAAGGUCGCACAAUCAGCUCUGAUACAGCGCACUACGAAUCUGCACAGAUAUCUUCAUUUGUGCAGGAUAUGUUGCAAGUGAUUAUGAUUUUGUUGACCGAACGAUCGAAUGUUGCUGCUAUUUCAGCUGCAGAUGAGCUUCGACGAGAGAUCAUUCACUAUUUGGCUGUGCAUCGUAGUGGUACUGCGUAUUCGGAACUAUCGAGACGUAUAGCAGAUUCACUAGUUGAUGCGGCAGCAGAUUGUAUGCCUGAUGUAGAUGAUAUGAAUGAGCCGACUGUCAAUUCCACAUCCGUUGACGCCAUUCUGCAGUCCGUGGCCAACUUUAAGUUUCCAGAUGGCACUGCAGAUCACGGAUUGUAUGAACUCAAGGACGAAAUGUAUGCCAAUGUAGAUCCGUGGUUUUGGCACUAUACCCGUAACGAGCGCGAGGAUCUUGGCGAAGUAUUGCGCAAGCGUCUUGAAAAGAAACGUGCACUAAAUCGACAUCAUAGCAAUGAUGCUGCAUUGGAGGAGGAAGCUGUAAGAAGGCCCAAGUUGUGUCAGCUAGUGCAAGGAACUGGAUUUGAUCGAUUGAACAAUCUAGUCCAUUCACCAAUUUUCAACCAAAUCAUUUUUUACUCGUUAUGGAAUGUGACUCGUACUGUGGCUGAAUCAGGACAAGAGCCAGUAAAUAGUGAAAUGAUAUUGGCAGAAGCUGUGCAUUUACUGAUGGUUGGCUUUGAAAUUGUUGGUGCGUCCAAGACUAAUGUGGCUCAUACCAACGUAUCUGAUAUUGGAUUUAUACAACAUGCGGUUUUGGAACGUGUAUCGAUACCCGUGCGAAAGGGAGCAGAAAUGCGGCCUACGACAUUGCUGGAGUUGAUUUUGAGUUUGGUUGAUCGAGCAAACGAGGAGGAUAUCAAGGAACAGGCACCUAGAUUACGGUUUUUAGUACGGCGAUUUGAGGAAAUGGGCGGCUUGACUGCAGAAACAACAAUUGUAGGAUGGCGUGACAAGUCCAAUUGGGAUCUAGGAAAACCAAGAUUGAGCUCUGAUAUACAAUCCACGAAUUCAUCUAAUAAUGACACGGAGUCAUCUGAACAAGAAAAACGAAAGCUUGCUGUUAAAGCACGACAGGCCAACAUCAUGGCACAAUUUGCACAAGCACAAAAGAGCUUUAUUGCCAAUUUUGGUGAUGAUUUAGAUGAUUUAGACGAUGAUGAAGUGGACGAUCCAAUUACUGGUGAUGGUUCCCAUGCUGAAGAUAGCGCUGCUAGCCAUUCUGAUCACCGAACAUGGAAAUUUGCUGCUGGAACAUGUAUUGUAUGCCAGGAAGAUGCUAGUUCAGGCGACAAGAUGUAUGGUAUGCUAUGUCUACUAAGACAUACUACUGUGUGUAGACAGAUUUCUUUUGGGGAUGUUUCCAGUUUAGCCAAAAUAAUUACAGCGUUGCCAGAGUCAUUUGACACUGUACCUGAAAAGAAUGAGAUGUCUAGCGUAGACGAUAUUCCAGCAAGUGGAUCACAAACACCAGUGACACUUGGUCACUCAGUUGAUGCUAUGGGAUCCGAUCCAAACCUUAAAAAGUUUGCAAAUUUGAAUUCCUCGGGCGUUUCAUCAUCUUCUCCAAUAGCAUCGACAAACUCUGUUCCAUUGAAACAGAUAUCUGUUGAAGGUAUCACUGCAACUAGCUGCGGCCAUUUAAUGCACUAUAGCUGCUUUGACACAUACACCCACUCUAUUGAUACGCGCCAUUUGUCACAGCCAACUCGUAAUCAUCCCGAAGACACCGAUGCAAGAGAGUUUAUGUGUCCUUUAUGCAAAAGUCUAGGAAAUACUGUCUUGCCUGUUGUUUGGUCAAACCGACACGAAUCGGUAAAUUGGCGUGGAUCUAAUGUAUCUUGGAAGCACACUGAAAAGUACGAUGAUCGGCAACUUUUGGGUGAAAUGCGUCUAUGGCUUACAUCUAGCGAACUUGUACAUGUAUCAGGUGCUUCAAAAAUGGACACUUCAACCGGUGCUCAAAGCGAUAGAGAAGCCUGUGCUGAUUUGAGUAGUGACGGGAUGGUGGAUAUACUUUCAAAUGAUAUGGAUGCAGACAGUAAUUCUAGUACCGGGUGGACGGCUGAUGAAUCAAAUGAUCAAAAUACAGCAGUGCACCAUUCUUCCAUUUCAGAGCUAUUUAACAAGUUAUUUGUCGAUCAUUUAUCGCUAUCCACCUCAACGUUGACGUUUAAAGGUGGCUCAGACUCGACCCAAUCUCAUGAACUGUUGGGGAAAAUGCAAAGUGUAUAUUCUCGAAACAUGUAUGCGGAGCUAAAAGACCUUGUAGAAGAGAUGAGAGAUGAUGGCAAACCUAAUCCUUUUGAAACCAACCUUGAACCAGCCAUGUUAAUUUGCACCAGAAUGUGGGAUCUUUUUGCGUACACUAUUUCAUCGUUGGAAAUACUUGGUCGCGGAAGCUCGUCAAGUUGGACUCCUGGGCUUUUAUCUUCCCAUGCUAACCAACUUGUACACAUUGGUGUAUUAGACACCAUUAGCUCUCAGAUGCACAUGUGCCUACGUCUGCUAUCUGAAGCAACAUUGGGAACAGCAGUGUAUGCAAAAUGUCCACAAGCUACGUUGAUGAUGUAUGGUAAUCGCUUUUUGGCAUCACUAUUUGGCGAUCAUAGCGUUGGUGAUGUAAAGGAGAACCAUGUUUCCGAGCGUGAUUCACAGGCUCACCCACCUGCUUUGCUUCGUGAUGGAUUUUCGCACCUUGUUGCUCUAUCUAUGUCGAUUAUUCCAGCACGAGUGACACAACGCACCAAAAACGAAACGGAAGUGUUUCAAUGGAUGCGUGUCAUGUGGGUAUUUGAGCUUGUGCGAUGUGUGGUAUCAGUUGUUGAGUCGAUUCUUCUUCAUGGCGAUACAUGGAUUACUGAUCCGCAAGUUGUUUUUGCUCUUAAUGAGCAUACUCAGGAUGCAUCUACCUAUUUCGAUACGACACCUAUGACAAAAGAUAAGAAUCAAUCCGAUUAUAUUGUGACGGAGCCUGCUAAUUUACAAUCAGAGUUGGCGGAUACUCCAGUUGAAGACGAUUCAAAGUAUGCUGGGUUGGCUCAUUUGAUAAACGUGGUAUUAAACGGGAUGAAACUCAUGCCAGAUGCAAAAGUGUAUGUGGAAAAAACAAUUAGACCGGACAUGGUAUGUGCGCUGUUUAAGCGUGUUGGGUUGGUUUAUGCGCGACGAUGUGCAGUAUUACUAUAUGCAAGAUUUGGACUAGUACCUCCUGGAGGGGCUGUUGGAUUUGGAUUUGAUCUUGCUCAGUCUGAGAAUAGUGAAGAUCUAGGCCCGGAUGUGACUGAUAGAGUCAAUGCGGCCAAUGACGAAAACGAGUUGAUGAGACUAUGUUUGUACUUGGAUCUGCCCAAAGUAGAUACAUUGGUAUCACUACCGAUUGUGCAUGAUCGGGUAUUUGGACAGAUGGUGCUGCACUGGGUUCAUGAUUUUGGACGAACUAUGGCCAACCACUUUGGAGUUGUAUGGUCAACAGAAGCGGCUCGUAGACGUGAAAAAGAGCGACAAAAAACAGUCGGUGCAACACGGUCUGCGAUGAUAUCCAUUUCUUCUGAUGCCAUGGCACCUCCAUUGCCUCCCCAAGUGUCAUUGGAACUGCCGCUUGUGUUUGAACUUGCAAAAUUGCCACAACGACUUGCAAAAUUGUUUGAAGAGUCAAGGAGAAAAGUAUGUCGACGGUGUGGAACGGUUCCACUUGAUCCUGCACUUUGUGUUCUUUGCGGUAUGAUUCUAUGUAGUCAAAGUUAUUGCUGCUCUGAUGAAGAUCACGGAGAAUGCAACCAACACAUUCGCGAGUGUGGUGGAUCAGUUGGUAUUUUUUUGUUGAUCAAGCAAGCAAUGAUGAUAUUGUUGCUUCCAAACGGAAAAGGAACAUUUAUGGAUCUGCCUUAUCUAGAUGCACAUGGUGAGGUAGAUCCUCAGCUACGACGCGGACGACCAUUGUUUUUGAAUCGUAAACGAUAUGGAGAAAUACGAAAGUUAUGGCUUACACAUGCAAUUCCAAGCUAUGUAGCUCGUAAGAUUGAUCAAGCGUUUGAUGCAGGCGGUUGGACAACAUUUUAA